AUGAAUUCCUAUGAAUUAUUCUCUCAUCCAGAUCGAUUUUCAUAUCGCGCUCGUUUAAUAUCGGGUGCAACAUUCGUUUUUAUUUCAUGUCUAGCAUUAACUUACUUACCACCAUUUUUAUUAACUUAUUAUACAGGUGAAUUUUGGACACAAGAAUCUGUUUAUAGUGAACAACCACGUCUUAGUAAUAGAACAAAAUAUAUUCUUAUAGUUGAUAAUGAUAAUGUGAAUAAUUAUAAUUUUUUUCUAUCAUCUUAUUCAACAUUGAAUAACAAUUUGAAAGACGUGCUUCUUUCUGGAUAUGAAACUGAAUCAUCAUAUGACAUUGAUGGUGACGGUUUACUUGAUCAAUUUCGUAUAUCAUUUAAUUUAAUUUUUCCACAGACGAGUGUUGUUAUUCGUAAUAUUAAUAUUUGGUUAAUAUUUGAAUAUGAAUUAAGUGAUAAACAACUCGUUAAUAUGGAAACAAUGGCACUUAUAAAUAUUGUUCCACCUUCAACAUUUACUCCAAGUAAUAAUAAGAAUCUAACUGUUUAUGGUCAACUAAUAUUUGAGCAACGACAAACAGUAAGAGAUUCUGGCUCUGACAAUACAUAUAAUAAAGCAAUUAUUAAUGCAACAAGUUCAACAUCAACACCUGAUCUUCAAUCGAUUCUUGAUGAGUAUUUUACACGAAAAUAUUAUACAUCAUAUGAAACGCAAUAUACAUGGAUAACACCUCAAACGACAGUUGUUGCGAAUACGGUAGCAAUUAAUGUUGUUGUUAAUAUUGGAAGACAAGCAAUUCUAUAUACACCAGGAUUUUGGCAACAAUUUAAAUGGGGUUGGAUACAAUAUAUAUGUGUACUUGCGCCAUUUCUGAUUGUAUUCGGUCGAUUGAAAUUAUUUGUUUUUUCGAAUCAUCUUGUACUAACAUUGUUUCCCUUGCCAUAUCAUCAACAUAAAGCGUAG